AAAAUGUCCUUUGCUGGCAGAAGAGCAUGGAAAGCUGAGAGAGGCAACAUCUUGAGUCUGGUAGGGUCACCGAAGCUGUUCAGCUGAAAAGGAAGACACCCUACAGCUGUGGUUACAUCAAACCAAAAAACCAGAAUAGCACUUUUUUGUUGAAGUAUUGGCAACUCAUUGCUGGUUGGUGGGGGAUACUGAGGCUUUGUGAAGUCACUGCUGCUAUGUGUCCACAUAAGUGAAAAUACCAUUUGCAGGUAAGAAAAGCAUGGAAGACUAAGAGGAGGCAACAUCCCAAGUCUGGCCGGGUCAUCCAAGCUGCUCAGCUCUAAGAAGAGCUGUACGGCUCUUGAUAACAUUUCUACAUUUAACCAACAGAGAUGGCUCAGGAGGUUGACUGGAUAAGCAGUCAGGCUGGUAUGUGCAAGGUAAACCUCUACAGCCCCAGUGGACACAAAGAUCAGGAACGGAAAGUCAUUUGCUUUGUCGACGUCUCCAAUCUGAACUCAAAGGACAAACAUUCACCUUCCAAUUUAGAUUCUGGCCAAUCUGGCAACAUCUCUGACCCUCCCAAUGAACUUGACUUGGUAAAUCUGGAGGAGAAGGAAGUCAUCAUAAUCAAGGACAACGAGCAAAGCAAGCAGGCGAAUACUGAAGGAGCAGUCUGCCUUUUCAAGCAAGGGUCCUCCGAAGAAUUCAAUGUGGUCAGCUGGCUCAGCAAUGAUCUUCAGAAAUACGCGGUUGGGUUCCAGCAUGCACUGACCCCCAUGAAGACUGCUCAUAAAACCAAUGUGUUUGAUUUGUCAAUUGCUGAGAAGAUAUCCCAGAACAACAACAACACUGCUCCCAACACUCCUGGUAGUGAAAAAACAACCUCCGAUGAUCUUGCCUAUUACGCCCAUAAGCUCUGCAACUUAGUUAUUGAAAUAACACGUAAAGAGAUCAAAGAUAAAUGGGAAAGUUCCGGAAAGUGCAUCCGUCAGACUAUUAGUCCCCACAGUGUAGGGGCCAAGCCUCCCUCCACAGAGGGUAUCCAAGCAAGCAAUAUAUCUAAGGAGAAGUGUGUCAGGCUGGAGGACCCAUAUACAGGCGAAACAACUAGCCUGAAUGACUUCAAGCAGGAAGAAAGGUAUGCAGACAAAGUAAAGAGACAUGAUGAUUUCACUUCUGUAAGCAGAGGGAUGAUGGUCUGUGCAAAUCAGGUUGCUUCAGACAUGAUGAUGUCCUUCUUGAAGACUAUGAAAGUCCAAAAAGGGAAGCAUUCUCCACCCGCUUGUGCAGUUUUAAAAGAGGUUCUCCUGAAGCACACCAGGGAAAUUGUAUCCGACUUAAUUGAUUCCUCUAUGAAAAAUCUGCACAACGUCACGGGGGCACUCAUGACAGACUCGGACUUUGUUUGCGGGCUGAAGAAGAACCUUUUCCGUGCGGGAACCCAGAAAACAACAGAGGUCUUGGAAGUAAUGGUGAAACGCUUGUUCAAACUUCUCUCAGGGGAUGACAAACUGCCUUUGUCUCAAAGCCUAGCAUUUGCAGCAUUUAAAUCGGGAGGCCAGGCAAACCAGCGUGCCCAAGGCAUGCAGUUUGCCUCCCUGAAGAGCGAGGCAUUUAGCCAUGGAAAGGACAAAGGAGGUGGAUCGAGGAAGUCUCAUUCCACUGGAAACAGAGGAAUAGAUAAAGGGUCACUGGAUGUGUAUGCCAAAGAGCUUCUUUUAACAGCCUUAAUGCAGAUCCAGCAACAUCUGUUAGAAAGGAAAAGGGACUGUGUACCCCGCGAUUCCAAUACCGUAGGGUACCGCCACCGUGAUUCCAAUUAUGACAGGCGUGUCGGGAGUUACAAUGCAAGGCAUACUUCAAAGCCGCCUGAAGGAAGGUCAGAUUUGCACCAAUCAGAAUGCCUAAAAGAGAAAGGAAACCUCAUCUUGUCAGUGAUCCAGAAGAUCUUGUGUGAGACUGGGAUGAAUCUAGAAGACAACUAUUGUGACAAAAAUAGAGGCUAGAAACAUAGGUCUUAGCCAUGAAGGGCCUUAUUAAACCAGACCAAUGGAGCACCAGAUCUGUAUGAGAAAAUGGAGUGGAUGAACAAGCAAAUCUAUUGACCAGUUGGUGGAAUCUGUGAUGAAGAUGAUCCCUGUCUAUUCAUGACUAAAGGCAUUUGCUCUGGGUUUGGCUAAUUAGAUAACAUCAUCCCAGCCCCAUUGCAAGUAGCAAUGGAGGCAAUUCAGCAAAAUGAUAGCUGGGCAAGAUCAUCCAUUAAAAGCAAACAUUAAAAAGUAAAAAGAGGA